ACUACUUGGACAAAUGGAUACUGUUCGAUACGUAUCAUAUUCUGUAGGAAGGGGCAUUGCAAGGACUGAGAUGGAGGUGGAGAUGGAAUCUCAGAUUGAAAUAAAGAACUUUGAGAUAGCCCGUUUGAUGGACCGAUUACAUUACUAUGAGGCUGUUAAUCGAGAAAUGUCCCAGAGGAACCAAGAAGCUGUAGAGAUGGCACGGCGUGAUAGGCAUAAGAUGAAACGAAGGCAAAGAUGGGUUUGGGGUUCAAUUGCUACUGCAAUUACUCUUGGCACAGCGGCCUUGGUGUGGUCUUACCUUCCAACAGACAAAGCAUCACCUUCUCCUAGUAGUUCCAGUGCUCCUGAUCAUGAUGAUUGUGCCAAGUGAUAACAUUCUACUAAGAAUGGCUAUGAUGACAUAGCAUCAUAAAUGAGAGUUAGAAUAAAAGGUUGUUUGUUCUGCGUUUUGUAUAGGAAUCCGCUGCUUUUGUUAGCAGUUCUUUCUUUCAUGCCAUGAGACAUCAGGCGAUGUAUAGUACCAUUAAAAUAUAUAGAAAUGUGCAAGAUUAUUUCUGACUUCGCAGCAAUGGUCUUUCCAUGGGAAUGAGUAGGAUUCAAGGUGGGAGCAGUGUGGGCAAGUGAUACUGGAUUCUU